AUGCUUAGCAUAUCGCGGCUUGUAGUCUCGGCACAGGUCCUGGUCUUGGAAGAGGACCUCAGGCGGCCACAUGCUCUGUCACCUGAGGUGGGGACAGAGAUCGGAUGUGCCUACUUGAGGAAUUGUGAUCCCUUGUUUGAGGAUGUCUUGGCUUGCUUCAACGUCAGCCUGGAGACGGGGCUCACACACAGUCAGGUUCUCCAACAGAGGCUGCGUCACGGCCCAAACGAACUGACGGAGGAGGAGAAGAAGUCCCUUUGGAAGCUGAUCCUCGCCCAGUUCGAAGACCUGCUGGUGCGAAUCCUGUUGGUCUCCGCCAUGGUCUCUUUCUUCCUGGCCUGGAUGGAUGAGAAAAGCAGCGAGGAAGGGAUCACGGCAUUUGUGGAGCCGCUAGUCAUCCUCCUAAUCCUCAUCGCGAACGCAUUUGUGGGUGUUUGGCAAGAGACCAAUGCAGAGAAGGCGCUGGAUGCUCUGAAGAGGCUUCAGCCUGAUACAGCCGCUGUUUUGCGCGAUGGAUGCUGGACCACUGUGAAUGCAUCCGGUCUUGUGCCCGGGGAUGUCGUGCAGGUCAAGGUGGGCGACAAGGUGCCAGCAGACCUGCGCGUGAUAAAGAUGAACAGCACAACCAUUCGUGUCGAGCAGUCGCAGCUUACUGGUGAGUCCCAGAGCGUGUCGAAAGAUCCGGCCGCCUGCCUGCCCUCGGAGACCAUCAUCCAGGGCAAGGUAAACAUGCUCUUUGCUUCCACAACGAUCUCCAAUGGCGCAUGCAUUGGCGUGGUCACUGCAACCGGGAUGUCGACCGAAAUCGGGGCGAUACAGGAUGCCGUGCAGCUGGCCGCAGGUGAGGAGGAGCAAACACCGUUGCAGCAAAAGCUGGAUGACUUUGGCAACUUGUUGGCGAAGGUCAUCUUUGCCAUUUGCGCGCUGGUAUGGUUGAUCAAUUACAAGCACUUCUUCGACCCUGUCCAUGGCUCCGUAAUGCGAGGCUGCAUCUACUACUUCAAGAUCGCAGUUGCUCUCGCGGUUGCUGCCAUUCCAGAAGGUCUACCGGCCGUGAUCACCACCUGCCUCGCUUUAGGCACAAGCGAGAUGGCGAAGAAGAACGCCAUCGUGCGCAAACUGCCCUCUGUGGAGACGCUGGGGUGCACAUCGGUAAUCUGUUCGGACAAGACCGGCACUCUCACCACGAAUGAGAUGUGUUGCACGAGGCUGGUUCUUCCUAUGUCGAGCUCUCAGAUGGUUUCCUACAUCGUGGAGGGCCACAGCUAUGCACCGAUCGGAUUGAUACAGGGUUUGGCCGAGGUGGACUGGCAGAAACAAGGCAACUUGCAAGCCUUUGCGAAGAUCGCAGCGGUCUGCAACGAGUCUAGGUUAGAAGUUGAGACAGGAUCAUUCCGAAGAAUGGGCGAACCGACUGAGGCUGCUUUGCUGACACUGGUCGAGAAGCUUGGUGUGCCUGACCCAUCACUACAUGGGCGGUGCUGGCAGAGACCUCGUGAGCGUGAAGAUGCGAUGGCCUUCUGCAAGUACUGGGGCUCCCACGCCCGCAAAAAGGCAACCCUUGAGUUCACGCGUGACCGGAAGUCCAUGAGCGUACUUUGCGCUGAGGCUGGUGGCGACAUGCUCUAUGUCAAGGGAGCUCCAGAGAGCAUUCUGGAGCGCUGCUCAAGCAUCCUCCUCCCCACUGGGCCGGUGGAGCUCUCUGCUGCCGGACGUCAGGCCAUCCGCAACAGCUUCGCGGCCAUGGCUUCCGAGGCACUGCGUACCCUGGCCCUGGCGCAGCGGCCCAGCUCCGAGGACCUUCUGACCUCACAGCUCCUUCGAGAUCCUGGCAGCUUCGUGCAGGUGGAGACAGACCUCACAUUUGUGGGGCUUGUUGGAAUGAUUGAUCCGCCUCGGCCAGAAUGUCUCCAGGCCAUACAGGAGUGCCGGCUGGCCGGCAUCAGCGUGGUGAUGAUCACUGGAGACAAUCAGGGCACUGCAGAGGCAAUCGCACGGAAGCUUGGGAUUCUGGCUGGCACGGACACCCUGGCCCAGGCAUCAUUCACUGGCAAAGACUUUGAGAGCUUGUCUGAUGGCGACAGGGUCAAGGUCCUGCAGCACAUCAUGGCGCAAAGAGAUAUUGAAGGAGCUGUGUUCUCCAGGACCGAGCCGAAGCACAAACAGCUGAUCGUCAAGAUCCUGAAGCAGCUCGGAGAGAUCGUGGCGAUGACAGGUGAUGGGGUCAAUGAUGCCCCUGCACUGAAGCAGGCGGACAUCGGCAUUGCGAUGGGCUUGACAGGAACGGAAGUAGCCAAGGAGUCUGCAGACAUGGUUCUAGCCGACGACAACUUCUCCACGAUUGUCGCUGCAGUGGAAGAGGGGAGAUCCAUCUACAAUAACAUGAAGGCGUUCAUCCGCUACCUGAUCUCUUCGAACAUAGGAGAGGUCGUUUCCAUUUUCCUCACAGCGGCACUCGGCAUCCCAGAAGGUUUGGCUCCGGUGCAGUUGCUUUGGGUGAACCUGGUCACGGAUGGGCUUCCUGCUACUGCGCUGGGCUUCAAUCCUCCUGAUCUCGAUGUCAUGUGCAGAUCUCCCAGGCGGGCAGACGAUGGGUUGAUCUCUGGCUGGGUGUUCUUUCGGUACAUGGUGAUCGGCAUUUAUGUCGGCAUCGCAACGGUCGGGAUCUUCAUCUACUGGUACUGCUUCGACGAAAGCGUCGAUGGCCACACUCUUGUGACUAUCUCUGAGCUCAUGGGGUGGAGCAAAUGCGCUGAGUGGGAAGCUUUUCUACCAAUGCCAUGUUUGGGACAGACGUUUCACAGCGCGCCAUGCAGCUACUUCACGGCUGGUAAAGUCAAAGCUUCUACACUGUCACUGACAGUUCUCGUGAUCAUUGAGAUGCUCAAUGCCUUCAAUGCGCUGUCAGAGGACGGAUCCCUGUUGCAACUGUCUCCAUGGACCAAUCCCUGGCUUGUGCUGGCUUGUUUAAGCUCUGUGAUGGUGCACUUUGUGAUCCUGUACGUGCCCUUCCUUGCGAAAGUUUUUGCAGUUUGUCCGCUGGACUGGCACGAUUGGGUUUUGGUGAUGGCAUUCUCGUUUCCAGUGAUAUUGGUUGAUGAGAUUCUGAAAUUCUUUGGACGCCGUUACCACAAGAACAACGAUGUGAGCUCAAAGCGCGAUCGACGCCAAUGA